AUGGCACUGGGUGCUUCUGAUCAAUUUGACGUCGUAAUUAUUGGGGCGGGGCCGGCUGGGCUCAUGGCCGCUGUUUGGAUGGCUCAAACAGGUGUCAAGACCCUGGUCAUUGAGGAAAAGCCAAGGAGAACCUUGACUGGACAUGCAGACGGGCUUGAAAGCAGAACGUUCGAAAUCUUGAACAGCUUUGGCCUUGGUGAAUCAAUAUGGAUGGAAUCAAACAGGACAGUUGACGUCUGCUUGUGGAGCAGUUCAGCGUGCGGCCUUCAGAGGAAGAGUGUAUCUCCCAACUACAACCCUGGCUGGUCUAGAUUCCAAGAAGCCACUUUAUGUCAAGGUCGCAUAGAGAAGUAUCUCCUUAACUUUGUGAAGCGGCAUGGACAUAUGAAGAUAGAAUGGGCCACUGUGCCCACUUCACUAGAAUUAUCCAAGGAUCAUACGGAAACGCCCGGCGUUUAUCCUAUUGGACUCAAGAUUAACUCUUUCAGUACGAAAACAGGUGAACAGCCUCGAAAGACAAAGAUUGAGCCUGACAGAACGGUUCAGGCACGAUAUCUGAUCGGUUGCGAUGGUGCUCAUAGCUGGGUACGAAAACAGCUUGGUUUGGCCUUAGAGGGAGACCGAACUCCUGAUGGGCAUUGGGGAGUCAUUGAUUGUAUACCCAUCACGGACUUUCCUGAUAUUCGAAAGAGAUGCAUCAUCAAGUCAGAUGGAGGUAAUCUCAUGAUCAUACCCCGAGAGAAGAAGCUAGUCCGCUUCUAUAUUCAAAUAUCACCUACUGUUGCAGCUGGAUUCAAGGCCAACUAUUGCCCCUCAGCGUUGAUGACGGUGCUCAAGAAUAUCUUGCAACCGUACACAUUUGAUACUUCUCACACGGAAUGGUCCACGAUAUAUACUGUCGGCCAAAAACUCUGCAACACAUUUUCCGUCAAAAAUCGCGUUUUCCUCGCCGGUGAUGCUGUCCACACCCAUUCUCCAAAGGCGGGACAAGGUAUGAACGUCAGCAUGCAGGACACUUACAAUCUUGGCUGGAAGUUGUCUUCUGUUUUGAAGGGUGUAGCCCCACCUGAGAUCCUCUGUACUUACCAGGCAGAGCGGCUUCCCGUUGCGAAGAGAUUAAUCGCCUUUGACCGAAAAAUGUGUUCUGGCAUUUGUUCCGCCACCGGGGAAGAAUAUCCCGACAGCUCAAGCGAUAGAUUUUCCGACCUUAAAUCGACGCUUUCUGAGGAGAACACGUGUGCCUCCGGCCUUGGUGUGGUUUAUGGACCCGGUCUUUUAGUAACUUCAACAAACAACCAGGAAUUCAACCCAUGCGCAGAUGGGACACACCUUUGCUGCGCUCAUAGCAAACCCCACUUGGCCAGAAAUAUUAUCGUUGGCGGAAGGCUGCCCAGUCAACCUGUUCUUUGUCAGAGCGACUCUCGUCCCUGGAAUCUUCAGGACAGACUUGUUAGCACCGGCCAAUGGCAUUUGGUUAUAUUUGGAGGAAAUAUAACAGACCUCACCCAGAUGACUCGAGUGAAAAGGCUCACAGAUUCAUUCUCCCAUCCUGAAUCCUUAAUCAACCGCAUGGGAUUGACAGAUGGAAGCCCUGUCGGCUCAGUCGCCACAUACAUGGUUCAUUCUGCUCCACGGGAGGAGGUGGAAUUCAUGGACUUGCCACCAAUCCUGAGGCCUUUCGACAAUGUGACCGGAUAUGAUUACUCGCGGGUAUUUGCAGACAACAAGAGCCUAGACUUGUAG